AUGACUUCUCUCAUCGGUUCACUCAAGCGACAUUACUUUCGCUUCUGGGAUUAUGUGUCUGAAGAGGCGGAGAAGAAACCCGUACAAGAAUCACCCGUCAUGACCGAGCCCAAGCCCGAUCUCGACCAAAUACCCCAAGCCAGUGUCGCUGAGAUUGAUCGUUCGAUCCCAUCCGACCAGUCAGCGAUGCCUCAGGCCAUUUCACCACAGCAGGAACUCACUGACAUCUCGCCUUGUGAUUGUACUAUCGUUGAGCAAAAUUUGCGACUUGGUGUUGAACGAUUGACGCUGGGUCCUUCAACGGCUGAGAAGAGGGCUCGGCGAGGACGUGUUGAUGAUGAUGACACGGACACUCAACCUGCUGCCAAGCGUCGUAGACUUUCCGAAGGCCGUUCAUAUCAUCCUUUUCACAAUGGUCGCAGAGGUCGACGCGUUCAAUAA